GAAGAAAAAGAACAGCCCCGACAACUGGACAUCACGAGGCAAACGCUAGCAGACGACGUAGCAGUAGUCGCGUGUCGUCGUCUGCUAUUUUGACUUGGUGAAAAAAAGUUUGUUUUGUGCGAAGUUAUACAUUGCGGUGGAUAAAGAUAUGUUGUUACUGAGGAGUAAGUGCAGGUUGUUCUGUGGUUAACAUGUGUCUAUGAAUGGAACUGCUGUGAGAGGGAGAAAAGUAUUAGGAGCGUAGAAAUCGUUUUGUUAAAAGUUUUGAAAAAGUGCAAGAAUGUUAGCGGAAAAAUUAAGAAUUUUCAACACUUUAGUUUACAAGAACUUUUUGGUUCGAAAAAGACAGUGGAAAGUAGGAUUGUUUGUUGAAAUCGUCGUUAUGCUAUUACUUUUUCUCUUUGUAUGGUUUAUCAGAAAUGAAGCCAAUCCUCCGCUUUCCUUCUCAGUUAAUAGCACUGAAAUUUUUCCCUUGGAAAGCAAACAUUCAUUCUUGUCGGAAAAGGGUCAGCCAUUGUUGGUCGUGCCCCGAAGUAAAUUUAUAACAUCAUACAUGAAUAGAGUACACAGAUGUCUAGAAGGUGGUAAAAGAAGGAUAAAAUUGAAAGAAUUUGAAACGGAGGAAAAAAUGCUCAAUGAAAAGGACCGCUGGAAUAGGCCGAUAGCUGUGAUAUUUAAAAAUCAAAGCAUCGAUCUAACUUCAACGCAUUUGGACUAUAAAAUACGCAUGUACGACAGUCUUCCAAAUUUCAAAUACACUUCUUUUGGUCGUAGACACAUUGAUCCAUUCAAAUCUGGAUUUGCUGGAUUACAAUUGUGUCUGGAUGAAACUUUCAUGAAGAUGAAAGAAAAUUCUCUCAAAAUGGACAUCGUCGCACAAGAGUUACCUGUACCGCCACAUUUUCAACCAAGUGAGGUUGACGAAAUUAUGAAUACGGUCUUCUCCGCAUUUGCUGUUAUGGCAUUCAUGAUACCGCUGUGUAUCGAAACUUCCUUCGCAUCAGACGAAAAAUUUCUCGGAAUUAACGUUUUGAUGGCAAUGAAUGGCGUUUCAAACUGUAUAAAUCUCCUGAGUUGGUUAGUUACUGGACUGAUCUUUAGCAUAUUUUAUACCGUUCCCAUAGUAAUUUUGAUGAACUUUACGACCGCGGAAGAUGCAUUUCCGUAUUUAUACCAUGGAAACUCGAUUCUAUUUUGGUUGGUACUUACGGUACACGUUGGACAUUUGAUAACAUUCGGCAUGCACAUAUCAGCCUACUUUAAAAGAUCUUUGUUCGUGGUUACUGGAAUUUUAGUUCUGUACGUAGGUUCUAUUGCAAUAUCGAAAUAUGGCAUAAAAGAGAGUGCUUUCAGAAUUGUACCUUAUUUGGGAAUGUUCUUCCCAAACAUGUUGUUAUUUAGAGCUUGUGAGGAAGUUAAUUAUUACGAAAGUAUAAGGAGAGGGAUCCAGUUUAGUAAUAUGUUUAGAGUUGGUAACUCGGCUUAUGGAACUGAAGGAAGUAUAGGGAUGAUAUUGAUACUUUCUAUAUUGGGAUCAAUUUUUCAUUUCAUCAUGGCUAAUUAUGUCUAUGCAAUGAAUCCUGGAAAGUAUGGUGUUAAGAAAAGUCCCUUCUUUUUCUUAAAGUUUUUGAAAACAUCAAGUGCCCUGCAUGAUAAUUCCGAAGUUGAAAAAUUUGACUGCAGCUCCACUAGUAAACUUUUUGAAUCAGUAACUGAAAAUGUAUAUUCGCCCGGAAUUCAAAUCCGAAAUUUGAAAAAACAUUAUAAAACUGGUUUGUUUAGUAAAGAGAAAGUACAUGCACUGAAGGGUAUUUCUGUCGAUUUCUAUCAGAAGCAAAUAACUGCUCUACUCGGACACAACGGAGCAGGCAAAACAACAAUGAUGUCCAUUUUAACGGGAAUGAUAAGCCCAACAGAAGGUUUGGUUCUCAUAAAUGGAAAAAAUAUUAAAGACGACGCAGAUGAAAUAAUGAGUGAAAUGGGAUUAUGUCCUCAAGAAAAUAUGGUGUUUCCAAGCUUAUCUGUAUCUGAACAGUUAACGAUUUUUGCUAUGCUGAAAAAUAAAAACAAACCCAAAUCCAUUGUAGAAGGCCAAGUAACGUCAUACAUGCAAAAACUGAAACUUUUCGAAAAAAGAAAUGCUUUACCAAAAGAAUUAUCUGGUGGACAAAAACGACGAGUGUGUCUUGGGAUGGCAUUAGUUGGGGAUCCAAACACUGUAAUUUUGGACGAACCGACCUCUGGAUUAGAUCCAGAAAGUAGACGUGAUAUUUGGGAUAUAUUACUGAAAAUGCGGGGAGAGAAAACCAUUUUGAUAAGUACACACGACAUGGAGGAAGCUGAUAUAUUGGGUGAUAGGAUAGCCAUCGUACACAGUGGUACCUUGAGAAGCUAUGGUACUUCCAUGUUCCUCAAGAAAACAUUAGGACAGGGAAACGUGGAAGUAACUUUAUCCACUGAAUCCUGGUGCGACCCAGAAAAAAUUCAAAGCCAUUUGGAUUCUCCAAGCACGAUAGUCAAUGCUGAUGGUAGCACGAUACAACUAAGUAUACCCAAUACACCUGAAUUGCCAGAUUCUUUGGACAAGUUAGAAAGUAACAAAAGCGAACUCGGGAUCACAGGGAUGAGUGUUUCGUUGAUUACCUUGGAACAAGUAUUUUUAAAAGUCGCUCAGGAUAAUGAAGAUAAUACCCAAACUCGGGAAGUUUUCGUCGAUAACACAACAAAGUUGAAAGGUUUCGAGUUAUUUCUACAUGCAGCCAUGGGCUUGCUCUACAAGAAAAUGACCUAUACGAUCAAAAAUUCAUCAGCCUUUUUCGUUAUGCUAGGAUUGCUUGCUAUACCAAUGGUUUGCAUAGCAUUCAUUCUGAUGGAACACUUCUCUAACGAAAUAGAAAUCGUACCUCUAAAUUUAGAAAUGUAUGACGACGCUAACGUUUUAUACCGAGCCGAUAACAAAUACAACGCAUGCGGAGAAUACUACAAAGCAAUCGCAGAGGAAUUCAACGGAAACGCUAUAAAAGAUGAAAACACCAACACAACUUUUGUUAACGCACUCUUAAACCUAGGCGAGGAAAAUUAUGCAAGCUACAGCUAUCGCAUGAUCGCUGCUGGUGAAUUCAUUCAUAGAAGAAACGCUCUUCGCGCCAGAACUUUGUACAAUUCGAUGCAGGCGACUUACGCCCUGCCAAUCUCUAUCAACUUGCUAACAAAUGCCUUGCUAAAAGCUUUCCUUGGUGCUGACUACAGCAUUACCGUCGAAGCUCAAGAACUUCCUCACGGAGACAUGGUCGAUAGGAUAAUUCGAAGAACGUUUGGUCUCGAAAUCGUUGAGGUUGUUAUUGUACCGAUGAUCUUCGUCUUCUUCUUCUAUCCUCUGGUAGCAUUAUUCGUUAUUCACCCGAUGAAGGAAGCUUCAACCAACAUCAAGCAUUUGCAGAGGAUGACUGGGGCAUCUGGACUCGGAUAUUGGGGAACGAUGUUUCUGUUUGACUUCAUAGUGAUGCUGAUACUGAUCGUAUUGACUAUAGUUGGUUUCGUCGUGAUGGAUGUUGUACUUGACCUUCGGAUGUUCAACGCUAUUGCAAUUUUAAUAAUGACAUCAUUGUUGUUGCUCUUCACCAUAAACGUAUUGCCACUCAUUUACGCGAUUACUUUCUCCGACAAAACCAUAAGUGCUGCGAUAAAGGUGUUGAGUCUUCUACCAUUAGGCCUUGUAAUAAUUGAAGCAGUUAUAGCUGGCAUUGUCGAAGAACUUGGCGGUUAUUCAAAUACAUUCAACACUAUACGACCGAUCCAAAAAUUUGUAUUUCUUUUAACGCCUUACAUAAGCCUUUUUCAAGGGCUAGUCGCUUUUUUCACAGCUGCGAGAAAUCAUGGCAAUUGCGAACGACUCUCGACAACGAUAAAAAGACCAAUACACCAAUGCAGAGCUUACAAGUGUUUCAAUGGAAUCUGCAAAAAUCCUCCUAAUUACUUCGGCAAUUUUGAAAAGGAUGUAGCGUUAGAAACGAGUAUUCUAUGCUUAUGCUUGACAACUAUUUUAUACUUUGGGUUACUCUGUAUAUUGGAACAAAAAUGGAUACAGCGAUUUAUAGUGAAAAUUAGCGGUGGUAAACCAGACAACAUCGAUGAGACUUUCGAGGCGCAGGUGAAGAAAACCAAGCACAAUAUCGCCUUUGAAGUUUCUAAAAUUAGAAGUAGAGAGCAAGAUCCUAACUUCAUUGAAGAAAGAGUGAACGGAAAAACCGAAGGAACAUCUAACGGUACGCCGGAAACGCAACCAGACAACGACGAUGCCAAAAAGCAUGUCUUCAUUGCGUACGAAUUGAGGAAACUUUACGGAAGCUUCGCAGCAGUUCAGGACAUAAGUUUCGGAGUCUGCAAAGGCGAAUGCUUUGGUCUGCUGGGAGUAAACGGUGCUGGAAAAAGCACGACGUUCAAAAUGAUUACGGGUGACGAGAUCCCGAACAGCGGUGUCAUGUACUUGAACAACACGGAGAUCUCGAAAAACCGACACCGCUACCUCUCGCAAAUGGGCUAUUGUCCUCAAAACGACGCGAUAAUAAGAUCGUUGAAUUCCUACGAUCAUUUGCGUCUGUUUGCUCGCCUUCGUGGCAUCCCAGAAAGAGAAGUUGAAACCGAGGUGAAGAAGUGGAUCGACAGGCUGAAUCUAAACGCUUGCGCAUCUCAACCGAGUGGGACCUACAGUGGCGGGAACAAGAGACGUUUGAAUAUAGCCAUGGCCCUCAUAGGUCUACCAAAUCUCGUUUUGCUGGACGAACCUACAACUGGUGUCGAUCCAGCAGCCAGAAGAUCUCUCUGGAACGUCAUCCAGUCGUGCCAGUCUUCGGGACAAGCUGUGAUACUAACAUCUCACAGUAUGGAGGAGUGUGAAGCUCUCUGCAACAAGUUGGCCAUCAUGGUAGAUGGUAAAUUCGAAUGUAUAGGGGCUUCUCAGGAGCUGAAGCAACGGUUUGGUGCUGGUUACAACGUGCAAUUGAAAUUAAAUCCUGAGACUCCUGUGGACGAAGUAAACCUCAUCAAAGAAUACAUGAACAAUGCCUUCGAUUGCACGAUCACGGAUGAGAAUUCGGGAUACCUCAUGUACCACUUAACAUCUUCCAAUCUGACGUGGAGGAGAAUGUACGACGUGAUUGGUGAACUGAAGAACAGGUAUCCUAGUAUAGAAGAUUUCGCAGUAUUAUCGUCGACGUUAGAGCAACUAUUCUUGGCGUUCGCCAAAUCCGCCAAUAAAUCUGAGCGUAAAAUGUAAAUUUGAUAACCGAUUUUUCAAGUAUAACUCGUAUACGUAAGCAAUAUUGCUCAAGGCUUAAUUUUUAUGGAUGUUGGUGUAGUUUUUAAGUGAUAUUUGUUAACGCGUUCCAAUUAUCGAAUUUAAGGUACAUAACCUAUAUAAAAGUUAUACAGAUAUAGUUUCAAAAAAUAAUGUGUAAGUAAAUAACGCUGACGAUGGCCGUUUGAUCAUUUUGCGCAAAAAACCAUGUGUAUAAACAUCGACGUAAAAUAAAUAAAAUUAUUGUGACAGCGAUAUUUUUCUUCACUCGUUGGAAUCAAUUAAUGUAUUGUCAUAAUAUCUAUUUUUAACGUUAUAAGAUAGUACGAAUUUACCGCAUUUAUAUGUGAUUAUGAAAAGUACAAAACAAAACAAAUGAAAGUGGAAAUGUACCUCUGUGGAUAUAUGUAUACACAAAUAUAUAAUAUAUUAAAAUAUAAUGAAAAAUUAAAUUAAAGAAUAUUUAUUAUGUCAAUGAUAAUAUGUUGAAAUGCCAACUUGUUAUAUACUCACUCGAACUUAAGUUGUCAUUGUUAAAGCAUUCAUGUAUGUGUAAUUGUAUUUUCAAAUGCUAUAUUUUUCCAGAAAUAAUAAUACCCAAUAUAAAACGAAAACCGAAUGUUUAUACAUAUAAUUAUCUGUCUCGCGUCCCAACCUCGAAAAAUCUCACACGAGC